AUGGCGGUGGCGGCGGCAGCGUGCCUGGCGGCGCUGACACUGGCACUGCCAGUACCCUGCACCGCCGCAAACGGCGGGCUGGGGAAAUCAGCAAUGCGGGGGUGGGCAGCAGGCGAUGGCGGAAGCGGCGGCGCAAUGCUACAUCGCAGGAGUCGCAGCAUGUUGGAUACCGGCUCGGAUUCCAGCAGGAGCUCCUCCUCCGCCCAAAAGCCCUACGACACGUGCGUAUGUGUCUUCGACUUCGACGAGACACUCCGGGUCAUCUCCAAGGACAAAAAGGACUUCGACGUGCCCGCCGAGGACGGGCAGGGCAUUAUUCGCAAGUGCAAGGAGUAUGGGUGGGAGAUUGGCGUGGCGAGCGCGAACGAUAACUAUCAGAAGCUGCAGAAGGUGCUCAGCGAGCGGGUCGACAAUGUCACCUUCACACCCGAGUUCUUCAGCAGCACUGCUUUUCAGUACCACUGGUUCAACAAGUCCAUAUCACUGAACAACAUUGCCCGCUACUACGACACACAGCCGCAGUGCAUGAUGCUCUUCGACGAUGCCGAGCACAACCGCAAGUACGCUGAUAAGCUGAACGUUACCUUCAUCAAGGUCCGUAAUGAUACAGGUGUGCGGUGGGAGGAUUUUACUGAGGGCCAAAAGUACAUGCACCAGAAGUGCUGGUGUGCUAGCCCCAAGUUUACACCACAUCCUACAGAUGAGGAACUCAUGGAGACGUUCAGUGACGUCAUCGAGGUUGUGGGGGGGCCGCAGCCAGCGAUUUCGGCGUUGGAAGUUCCCGCGGCGCUACCACAGCAGCCCGCUGGUACUACCGAGGACCCCGCCACCGUGGCGCCAACCGUCACCACCCAAACUUUUCUUAUUGGCGCCGCGGAUGUGACCGUGACGACUUUCUCCGCAGUACAGCCCCAAGUGUCAUUCCUCGACGAUGUGGAAAAGGGGGCGUCAGGGCCCACUGCGAGCUUCCAGAUGAUACCCGGCCUGAGCGCAGGGGCGGAGCUGCCUAGCAUGCCGGCUUCCGCCACCACCGCGAUGCUAGGAGCGAAUGAAGCCAGCAGCGGCAGCAACGUCGCCCCAACGGUAAGCUUGGACGGCGGAGGUGAAGCAGCGCCCGUGUCCCUUUGGACUUCAGAGGGCGCGCCCACAGCUGCUACUGCCUCGCCCUUACGCGAUACGUCGAACGACCCAUGGGUCAUGGGAAUGCAGCCGGCAACGACGCGGACUGGGAGGAUUGCCGCGGCGCCAACCGGUAGCAUGGCGGCGCCAACCGGUGGCAUGGCGGCGCCAACUGGUGGCAUGGCGGCGCCAACCGGUGGCAUGGCGGCGCCAACCGGUGGCAUGGCGGCGCCAACCGGUGGCAUGGCGGCGCCAACCGGUGGCAUGGCGGCGCCAACCGGUGGCAUGGCGGCGCCAACCGGUGGCAUGGCGGCGCCAACCGGUGGCAUGGCGGCGCCAACCGGUGGCAUGGCGGCGCCAACUGGUGGCAUGGCGGCGCCAACCGGCGGCAUGGCGGCGCCAACCGAUAGCAUGGCACCCGGUAGCAUGACGGCGCCCCACGAUGUUGGGCCGGAGCCGGGGCCGGUUAGCGGCAACGAUGGUAUCAUGUCCCCUGCCACCGCUGACACGGCCGCCGCUGACACCGCACCAUCACAGCAGCAGGAGGCGUUUGCACCCCUAGCAGCUGGCGCCCCAUCCGCAGAUUUGGGUCAGGGACAGGGGCAGGGGCAAGCGCGAGACUUGGGCCAUUUGCAGGUAGAGGACCAUGAGCAAAUUGCGAAAAAGUAA